AUGGAAGAGAAACAAUUAUAUGGAGCCUUGACGGUGUACCGUGAGAGAGGCGCCUAUUUACGAAGACUCGAACAGUUCGAAAAGGCCAAAGCAUCAUACGAUGAGGCAUUCAAGAACGCCCCAGACGACGUGCGCAUGCUCACAGGCAGGAGUCAAGUAUGUGCAGAUGCGGUGCAACCAGUUCAGGCAUAUGCUGACGCAGAACUAGCUUUGAAAUUAGAACCACACAAUAUGAAUGCCCGAAAUAUGCAAUCACGAGCCAUGUAUACUAUGUCAGAUUUCGAACGGUCAGUCGUCAUGAAUUUUCGAGGAUCUCGUGUCAGGCGACAGCCACCAUACUUCAUGGAAGGUAUUAACCAAGGUGUUGAGACAAUACAAGAUUGUAUCGGUGUAAACGCGGGAAAUGUCAUGAUCGAUUUUUUGCCCUUAAUAAAGAAAUUGGAAGCGGCGCGACCUGCGGGGGACGAACCACAGAAACCGUUACAUGUUUCCCGCAUUCCGAAGCCGGAACGCAAACGAAAGCUAACGCAAAUGCAAGCAAGAAAACACUUAACUUUAUCACGAGUACUCGCAAUGAAAUAUCUUGGGCCAAUGGCCUACGAUAAGUUUUUUCUUCAUCACAUGACGGGUGACCCCAGACUUACGUCUGCGAAUUCCGGUGGUAGCGCUGAGCUGAAACUAAUUGUUAAGGAAGCGCUACGUUCUCUUACGGAAAGACAAGAUAUGUUACGUGCUCAACGACCUUACUACACUAUAAGGUUGGCAGAAAAGGCGGAAUCUAAACACCAGAACAAAUACAAGGACGCAGUCUUGAUAAAGGAACGAGAAAUCGGAGCUAGAACAUCUGAAAGGCUACUUAAACAAAUCGAGAAAAGUUUGCGUGAGAUGCGCGUUAUGGAUGUUAUUGCACAGGCUGAACGUAUGCAAUUGUUCCUUGAUAAUAAAACACCACGAACAUUGCCAGAUAAAGAUCUUUAUAUCGAUCGCUUAUAUAGAUCAGUCGGUGAAGCUUAUUUGGCACAACACCGGAUGUCCUACACCCUCAGUGAGCGUGGUAAUCGUCGCCGUAUUGCCUUCCUCAUGGGUCUACCAGUUGGCCGCCCUAAAUCAUUCGACUCCGUCAUGGCUAACUACCCCUAUAAGUUCAUAGAUAUAAAACAGGCCACCGAGAAAGUCACCGCCACUCUCGAGAUGUGUGAGAAUUCCACAAUGAAAUGUUGGUUGAUGUACGAACUAGCGCGUUUACUAUGUACGCAAAAGAAUUACGCCUUAGCCAAAUUUUACGCAAAACGUUGCCAACGGGAAGCUCAAGAAAUCAGCAAUGUUACUUGGUGGCUCAACGGUCUAUUCGUGUUAAUGAGCGGUGAUAUGCAGCAAGGCAACGCCAAUGAAGUUCGAAUUCAAGUCGAAGAGGCUUACGAGUACUCUAAGAAAUUAACGGAUCCUGAAAGAGUUCAGGCAUUUUUAAGUAAAUGCGCUGAAAUGGCUUCAGAGACGAUAUCGGCGGAUGAGAGGAAGGCGAUAAUGCAACGUGAGAGGCAAAUUCUGGGUGUUAUGGACGAAGUCCAACGAGUGGAUACUACUGUUCUGUUCAAGCGUAUGUCUACAGUGCCGGCGGGACGCCGCUUCUCCGUUCUACCAAGAAAGCCAGAAGCGGGUGAAUCCCUCGCUGAACGACGUCGUCGCCGUCAAAGAGGUCUCUCUGUCAUACCGGGACCUGAACAAGCUCUUCCCCCUGCGCCGAAAUCCAAAACCCUCGGCUUCCAAAUUUUUGAUAUUUGA